AGAAGUGUCAGAUGCAGGGAAAGGGGUAGCUAGGUAACCCGGCUUGCCAAGGUUUACGAUGGAAACGGCACCAAACGUUACGCUUGACCUUUAAUCAGGACACAGAAACUCGAUCUGCUGACGAUUCCUACCUAGUAUCUGCCAUUUUUACGUCAUUCGAGGCAUUUUUCAAACGUGUUAGGAUACUAUAGCCACAAGCUGGCAGGCUUGCUAGCUAAAUUAAUAUGCUAAACGUUACCUGAAAGACAGCAUGUUGGCUAUUAAUGGAUAAGCAAAUUUUCGUGUGCUAACUGUGGUGGAAACGAAAUAAUUAUGGCUGAUACAUGUUCAAGAGGGAUGGAAAGAGGCAGAGGAAGGAUUACAUCAGAUUCUAUGACGAGAGGCGCAUAUCCUCAACAGUAUGUUCACCCUGGCACACAGCAGCAGGGCAUAGACAUUCAGGAGCUUGCCUCUAAACGUGUCGAUAUCCAGAAGAAACGGUUUUAUUUGGACGUAAAACAAAGUGCAAGGGGCAGAUUCCUAAAAAUUGCAGAGGUUUGGAUUGGAAGAGGCCGCCAUGAUAACAUCAGGAAGAGCAAAUUAACGCUGUCCAUGUCAAUGGCACCCGAUCUACGAUAUUGCCUGGGGGACUUCAUCGAUUAUUACGCUCACAUUGGGUUGCGAGGUGGCCUGGUACCACGGCCAGAAGAGCAGAGCAAUGGCCAGGGCCGCCCCCAAGAUUCCCGCAGAAGACAGCAAGAUCACCACCACGCAGCAUCAGUAUCUCCCACCGGCUCUGCGGUGUCGGAGGAGCAUACUCAUCGCGUCCUGAAGAGUGAAUUCAUUGAGAGAGACAAUAGAAAGUACUAUCUGGAUCUGAAAGAGAACCAGCGAGGCAGGUUCCUCCGCAUCAGACAGACUGUCAGCAGAGGACAUGGCACCAUGGGUUACUACGGCCAGGGCAUCGAGCAGACCAUAGUGUUGCCGGCUCAAGGGCUAAUCGAAUUCAGAGAUGCACUGUCGCAGCUUAUUGAAGACUACGGCGAUGGUGAUGCAACGGAUGAGCGUGGAAGAGGCAAUAGGAACCACGAAGAAUCCCCCGAGCUUCCCGAGGCAGAAUCCUUUCGAGUGGACAAUAAGAGGUUUUAUUUCGACGUUGGUUCCAACCGCUACGGUGUGUUUUUGAAGAUUAGCGAGGUACGACAGCCAUACAGGAACACCAUAACAGUCCCCAUGAAAGCCUGGGCCAGAUUUGGAGAGAAUUUCAUCAGGUAUGAGGGAGAAAUGCGGCGAAUUUUCACCUGUCACGAGAAGAGGACAGAGACUCGCGAGGACGGUGAAGACCAAGAGGAUUGACAAUGGCAUACUGUGGUUGUUAGAGGUUUCUAGUGAUGGUGGGUUAAAACGGAAAAGGGAAAAGGUAAACGUGACAAUAUCCUAGUUUAUAAGAAAAAGUAUUCUCAAUGUACCUCUAUAAUACUGUACUGUAUGACUAUUGUCAACUAGCACUUUUACAUUUUUUCAUGGUUAUUGUGUUUCAUUCGUAUAUUUAGAUUAUGGCGUCCGUUUUGAAAUCGGUGCAGGAGGACGGUUUGCCUAUUCUUGCACAAUGAAAACUAAUAUACAAAAUGCUAGAUGAUAAUAUAGCUAGGUCAUUUAUAUGAAGCGUAGAAAAAUGUUUCGUUGUGGUCGACUGUCCAUUUCAAGAAUUGCAGUGUGUGUGAAUGUACGUGCGUGUGCGCAUGUGCUUGUUUGAGUGAAGAAGAAAAAAGGUGAGCCCCAUAUACCUCAGGGUGAGACAUGAUAGUGUACAACUUCCGGUAUCCCACCAGCAUUGGCAGUGGGGUGUAUUGUAAGAUUUACAGCUGAAGGCUAGACAUGAUAUUGUUGUUUAAACAUCAACAAUCAUUUGCUCUGUGUAGUUAGUAUUUAAUGAUUGAGGAUUUAAUCUUAGUAUAGAAUAAACAAGGAUGAAGGAUUUGGGGUAUUGUUAUCCGUGUGGUUUGGGCACUAACCAAAUAAUAUAAUAAUAAUAGUACUUGAUAGAAAUGCACACUACCACGAGCCUGAACUCCAGAACCUGUUUUGCUAACAUUCCACUCCCAUGUCCUCUGUGUCAUGCCAAACAUGACAUAAGAUAGCAAAGAGUGCAAUGAUAACUCAGACUGGUACCCAUGCAACACUACUAUGAGAAUAUGUAUCUUUAAACAAUGUCUGUCUGCAAAAUAAUCAUCUAAUGCCUAUAUGAAAGAUAUGAUUCAUGGGCUUAGAUAUGAUAUACAAAGUGGGAGAUCAAGAAACUGUUGAUUAGCAGUGAUGCUGUAAUUUCUUAGUUAUAACGGUAGUGUUACAUCAUCUCAUAUACAUUCACACACAGCUUUGACAGAAAGAUAGGCUAUUAUUCAUGCAAUCUACUUUUUAUCGCACCACCGAGCACAGUAGAUGUUCAUUCCAUGUUUUUGGGAUGCAUCCCAAAUGGCACCCUAUUCCCUGUAUAGUGCCCUACUUUUGACCAGGGCCCAUAGGGAGCUGGUCAAACGUAGUGCACUAUAAAGGGAAAACUGUGUCAGUUGGAACGGAGUCUUGGUGUAGCCUUAAAACUGCUCAUGUUCCAGAAUUUCAGUAAAAAUUCUGAUGCCUUCACAAAUCUUGCAAUGAUACUUGAAACAUUGAGAUCAAGCCCAUGCAGCUAUCAAUACACCCCAGAUACCCUUACUACUAACAGGUGCAACUUAGUCUGUGUGUCCCCAAAAUUAUCAUUAUCACAUUGUGUAUUUUAAAAGUUAUUUAAUGCAUUUUACUGUCAUUUAUUAACAUAUUAACAAAUUAAUUUGAAGUGAAAACCAAAUUUCUCACUUGGAUUUUUUGAUGAUCUGCUAUACAAUAUUUUUAGUGUCAAGUCAUGCUGAGAAAAGCUCCUAACACAGAUAAUCUUUAUUGAUAUAGGCUUUGUUGCCUAUGUGUUAAUUAAGCAAUAAGGCAUGGGGGUGUGGUAUAUGGCAAAUAUACCAUGGCUAAGGGCUGU